AUGCCGAGCGGAUCGGUGAAGUUGCAAAGCAUUAAAAAGCUGGGACAGGAAAACCAGAGCUUUGAGUUUUCAGAUGAAGGUGAGGGAUUAGUUCUUCAAUUAGAGUUUUUUUUUUAAAAAGAGAUGUAAUCAGAGACAAAGAAUAAAUGUGUUAAUUAAACGAAAAAUGAAGCAUAUGUACUUAAUUCUUGUGUUGCAGAACCAGCUGGAUCCUAUAUGUAAGUAUAAACAUUUAUAUAUUCAUGAUCCGUUAAUAACUCUGUGUUAGAAUAAUGCGGUUAAAUUAAAUAUGAAGGCCUCAGUGAUUAAAUAAGGAUGUAAAAUAAGUGUAUUUGCUUGAUUUCUAUGACGCUAUGAAAGUUCCCCCCGUUUCACUAGAAAUGUAGUUGCUAGAAAGAUCCACUAUCUCUGCUGAGGUCAAGGACUCGGCACGUGCAUUUCUUUUUUUCAACUUCCUGGUCGUUCAAAAGCGUUGAAAAAAAAGAAAAAACACUUCCAAGUGAGUCACUCUUUUAUGAUUCAUGAUCCUUUAAUGAACCGGGAAUUCAGACUAGUCGCCAGAAACAAUUAAGUCCCUGAGAGUUAAUGCGACAAGGUAACGCGUCAUUACUUCUGUUGGCCCUGAAGGUCGUUACACGGCGAUUUGAAGAUGAGGAAACACGGCGGUGUGUUUUCUGUGUUGAAGCGUCCUUACUUGGUUGUGUUUGUCCGUACUUGGGUUCAUUUCCUUUAGAGUUUGUCCUGUGUCCUCUUUUGCAGGUCGAUGACAGCCUCCAAGGAGGAUGAGAAGUGAGUAAAAAGUGGUUUCUGUAGAAUUCACUUUGCAGGAAAUCUGACUAACUGUGUUUUAUUUUUACAGAGGGAAAGGAAAGGCAGAGGAACCAGCGAUAAGAGUCGGCUUCUUCCAGCUGGUAAAAAAAACACUUUCCCAGUUCAUAUCUGAUCUUGUAAUCCUGAUAAGCGUGUGAUCUUUACACUCAUGUGCGUCCAGUUCCGCUUCGCCACAUGCGACGAGGUGCUGAUGAUGGUGAUAGGCGGCGUGUGCGCGGUGUUGCACGGCUCGGCCCAGCCCCUCAUGCUGCUGGUGUUCGGCCUGCUCACCGACACCUUCAUCGAGUACGACAUCGAGCUGAACGAGCUGUUGGACGAGAGGAAGGAGUGCGUGAACAACACCAUCCAGUGGAAGAAGAACUACACCGAGGUGCUGGAGCAGAAUCAGACCGGCUGGGGGCUCAUGAACAACGCGACGUGGGAGAUGCUGACGCCACUGAAGCCGAGGUCAUGUGGGUGAGUUGGACUUCUCUUUUCACCAAAUCCACGACAACAGUUUCAGUCCUUCUGUGGUUUUCAGAUCUGGCAUAUUUCUUUCAGGAUCCUCGACAUUGAACAUGAAAUGACCCUCUUCGCCUUAUAUUACACUGGAAUCGCGUUGGCUGUCUUCUUGCUGGGAUACUUCCAGGUUGGUUUUAAAAUCUCAUUUCUGUCGCACAAAGCCUUUCAUCUAAAAUUAGAUCACUGCGUGUCACUCUCUCAUCUACUUCAAACCCAGUCAAUUAGCAUAUGAUGAUUUGAUCCUAUCAGCUAUGAAAUACACCUCCUGCUUCACGGACAGGCUUUGUGCAGAAAUGGUGCAUGGCAUUGGAUCUCUGCAUACAGUCACCUCUAGCUCUCUCUAUUUGACUUUCUGGAUGUUUUUCUUGAGAUGCUAAGACAAAGCCAGAAACAAACCUCCAAAAAAAGGCUCCAAACUAUCCAAACCACAGCUGAUGGAGACCUCCCGUUAAAGAGAUAUUCCAGCGUAAAAUUAAGUUAGUUAAGUUACACAAGUUACACGAGUUAGAGACCCCCUCGAGAGAUGAAUGUUGCCGACCGCUUGCUUCUCUAGUCAUUCCAACUUUAGUAAUGACCAGAGCUGUAGAUUAAAACAGAGUGGCGACACUCCCAUAGACAUACGCUGUACAGCCCGGCGGACCCCACUUCCGGGUUAUGGAACUCGUAAUAGUUCCAACAUGACCGCCUGUCACGUCGGACGCCGUUAGCUUCUAUGGCCACAAGGCAAGCGCUCACCGAGGUUAAAUGAUAAAAUAUCAACAAGUUUAAUUCCAAUACAUGUGUUAUUGAUAUCGAGGGGACCCCUUUAUAUGUAAAAAUGUAUAUCCCAAAUGUAAUUACGUUAUUUUAGUCAGGAAUUGGGAUCGAUUUUUUAGCCACGGCCUGCUAGCUGGACGUCGUCAGCUGUAGAGGCCUGCCAAAAUCUAUUGUGUGACUGAGUUAUGAAUCACAGAUAAAUCAUCAUCAAUCAUAUGUUGAGAUGGUUACUUAUGGGCUUUAUUUUAGAUUUCAGCCUUUAUCAGUUCCCGAUGUUAUAUGCAGUUUAUUCUUUUUAGACUAACAUAAGUGCUAUGUAAUUUGAUUUCUGCUUAUGGGAUGAUAGAGUUAAGGGGCCGCUACUUUUUAAAUCCUGUCAGCAUUUAAGGCGUAUGUUUAACAUGGAAAAAUGUUAUGCAGGCCAUGCUGCAAGACCAAAACAUUGCACAAUUGUUUAAACAGCUUGUAACACCUGUUACUUACCACUUUAUUGUAUUAUUUUCUCUUAUUAAAAAGUAACACGUGUUACCAAACUUGUCUUAUUUCACUUUUAUUUGUCAUCCAGCCGCUAAAUAUACGUACGUGACUUUGACGUGUACACAGUAAUCCAAUAAGAGUUGCAAAUGUUGACUUUUUACGGUUAAUUUUAAUAUUUACCUCUUAAAUGCGCGCUCACUGCAGUCUGCCCCGUUGAAGAGCAUGGACAGUGCAGGCUGCGUUUGGAACUAUGGAGGGGUACAUGAACCACGUGACCGCUCCGGCGGCGAGAUCUGAAGUUGUCGCCACUCUGUUUUAAUCUACUGCUCUGGUAAUGACCACACGAUAUCAAUACACAGCAGUCUCAGGAGCCAUAAACAAACCUCAACCAAAACGCCACUCUAUAGCCACAAAUAAUGCUCAGAACAGCACCUAACUUCAUCAACAGGACAUAUAGGGUCCCAGCCAUAGUACUAGACACCAAACAUCUUUUUAACUUUGACUAAUUUCUUUAGCAGAGAGACUAAACACAACUCACCUACUCUCUUCCGGCAGCCGCUUGUUUGUACGGAGACCUCAGGCAAGUCCGGGGUGACGCAGCUCAAGGAAGAACAUUUAUGGUCAUUUAUUCAUGGAAAUACAAUCAGACCGAGACGCUAAGGCAGAAGAACUACCGCACCUGCAGUGCAAAAUAAUUAAUGUGGUGAUUAUUACUUAAAGGAAAUGGUGAAGAAAUGAUCAUAAAUGUUCUUCCUUGAGCUGCAUAACCCCUCAUCAGUUGAUGGACUUGCCCAGAGGUUUCCGUACAAACAAGCAGUUGCUGGAAGAGAGUAGGUGAGUUGUGUUUAGUCUCUUUACUAAAGAAAUUAGACAAAGUUAUAAAGAUGUUUGGUGUCUAGUACUCUGGCUAGGACCCUAUAUGUCCUGUUGAUGAAGUUAGGUGCUGUUCUGAGCAUUAUUUGUGGCUAUAGAGUGGCGUUUUGGUUGAGGUUUAUGGCUCCUCAGACUGCUGUGUAUUGCUAUCGUGCGGUCAUUACUAAAGUUGGUAUAACUAGAGAAGUAAGCGGUCGACAACAUUCAUCUCUCGAGGGGGUGUCUAACUCGGUGUUAUGGUGUCUUUGACCCUAAAUUCAUUUUACGCCGUAAUAUCCCUUUAAAGACCUAAACUACUACUCGUCCUGGUUUUUCCUAACAAGCCAGGUGGUUUAUUAUGACCAUGGUUUCCAGACAGAGAGUCAAAUUUAACCUCUCUUUAUAGAUCUCUCUUUGGGUGACGGCAGCUGCCAGACAGAUUAAGGUCAUCCGGCAGCUGUACUUCAGUAAAGUGAUGAGGAUGGAGAUCGGCUGGUUCGACUGCACAUCCAUCGGCGAGCUCAACACUCGUUUGUCAGAGUGAGUGGACUAAGACAACACCGUUUCUAUCCGCGGGGGUGAACCAGUCAGAUAUAAUUGACUCCUGUCUGUGUCACAGCGAUAUCAACAAGAUCAACGACGCCACCGCCGACCAAGUCGCCAUUUUCCUGCAACGCUUCACCACUUUCGUGUGCGGUUUCUGCAUCGGAUUCGUCAAAGGGUGGAAGCUGACACUCGUCAUUGUCGCAGCAAGUCCACUGAUCGGUAUGGGAGCAGGUCUCAUGGCGAUGGUGAGUAAUGACCUCUCUUGACCCGUAUUGACUCGACCUGACCUGACCUCUUGAGCUACAAAUUGGACUGAUGUUUCUCGUAGAGUUGACUUUUCUCGACUUUUACUUGCUGGCUUGACCUCUCUUAGCUCAACAUAUCUUCACUUCCAGCUAAGACAUCCUUUUGAACCCGAGGACACAGUUUUGGAUGAUUUAGUUUGACUGAUUUAAGACUAUAAAUGCAGCACCAAACCAUGUUUACAGACAGAAGUGGUUUCAGAGUGAGAUUUUAAGCCCAUGCGGCGGUUUCCACUAUGGAGUAAUACCUGAUUUUCUGUUUUUUCUUUUUAGAUUAUGGUAUUUAGGAGGAAUUAAAGCUUAUGCAGUAAUUUUUUCUCUGUAGUUUGUGGCUAAGCUAACAGGGAAGGAGCUCCAAGCUUACGCCAAAGCCGGCGCUGUAGCUGACGAGGUCCUCUCCGCCAUCAGGACUGUGGCUGCUUUCGGCGGAGAGUUGAAGGAAGUGCAGAGGUAAACUUUCAAAAUAAAAGGUGGUUUCCGCUUACCUUCUGCUUCUCGUAUUUCCGCAGCUGAUCGUCGUUUGACCCUCCUCUGCAGGUAUGACAGGAACUUGGUGUGGGCGCAGCGCUGGGGCAUCCGGAAGGGUCUGAUUAUGGGCUUUUUCACCGGGUUUAUGUGGCUGGUUAUCUUCCUGUGCUACGCCCUGGCUUUCUGGUACGGCUCCAGUCUGGUGGUGGACACUGGGGAGUACACACCGGGAACAUUACUGCAGGUAUCACACUUACUUUAAUUUAGUGAUUUUGCAGCAAAUGAGAGAAUUUGGAUCACCCUCCCAGUCAUUUUCUUUCUUUUCUUAACAUCUGGUGGUUUCAUUUUCUUGAUUGGAGCCUCUUAGGAUUUCAUCUUUUACAAAUUAGCUUCAGAUUUCCCCUUUUUUUUCAUCUCAGCUUCAGCCAAGAACCUGAAAUUGCAUCACUAUAACUCACCCUCUUAUUCCAGGUCUUCUUCGGGGUUCUGAUCGCAGCUAUGAAUUUGGGCCAAGCCUCUCCGUGUCUGGAAGCGUUCGCCGCGGGCCGAGGAGCCGCAACCAUCAUCUUUGAGACAAUUGACAGAGUGAGGAUGCUUUAUGCUCUAAUUUGUCAUGAUUUUGAUCCUUACAAGGCGAUGCAUCUUCACAGGAAGCCAUUACCUCUUAUUGACAAGCCUCAUUUUUCAAAUGUGUCACUGAUAGGAGCCGGAGAUUGAUUGUUUAUCUGAAGCUGGGUAUAAGCUCGACAGGGUCAAAGGAGAUAUUGAGUUUCAUAAUGUGACCUUCUACUACCCCUCCAGACCUGACGUCAAGGUACACACAUGCUUAGAAUUCAUCAGCGAACAUGGUUUUGGUUUUAAUUUGACUUCUGAGAACGGUUUAAGAGGUUCCAGGUCUUAGUUUAAGUGGUCUCUCCUCAGAUCCUGGACAAGCUGAGUGUUGCAGUGAAGCCAGGAGAGACCACAGCCUUUGUGGGUCCAAGUGGAGCGGGAAAGAGUACGGCUGUUCAGCUAAUCCAGCGCUUCUACGACCCCAAGGAGGGCAUGGUAGGUUUGACACGAGCCGUUUGUGUCACAGACGGUCAUUUUUGGGGAUUUCCACUACAGAGUCAUGUCUGUUUUUUGCUGCUUUUAGUCGACACAUGCGUUGAUGUUGGUUUGUUUUCAGAGGGUUUCAGGUGGUAGACGGUUAAUUAUUCCUUUUCAUCUGUUCACAUUUAGCCUCGUAUGUUUUCUCUGCAUUGUUGACCAAGUUCGUACCCUGUAAUUGAUGUCAAAUUGUGAAAAUUGACAACCAAAACUGAGGUGCUUUUCAAAUCUGAAAGCUUAAUUAAAUGUAGAUUUUCACUGCGUCUGAUUUCUAUACUAUGAUUCAUGAGUUUCCCGGCAUGUUUGGCCCUGAGGGAUGUUUAGUACGUGGUGUUCCCUUGAUUUCCGUCAAGACUGCCACCUUCUUCCCUGUCAGCUUUUCUUUUUGAGCUGUUUCAAAAAUAACCACCUCUCAAGGGAUACAAAAGUACAUGAUAAUCUUUCUUCAUUAUUCUGAAAAUGGCUCCCAACUGCCCAAUUUUCCUCUACUGGAAUUACAGCUGUGCAGACCUAAGUUUCCUAUUGUGAUCGGCUUUUAUGAAGGGAAAUAAUCUGAAACUAACAGUCUCGCCAUUUGCAAGAAGUAUAUUAUCACAACAGGGUACUUCAAUAGCUUCAUCCAUCAACGGUAGCGGUAACGGUUUCUGCGCCCCCUCCAUCCCUAAUUUUAGGUCACCCUGGAUGGUCAUGACAUCAGAGGGCUGAAUAUUCAAUGGCUGCGCUCGCUGAUUGGCAUCGUGGAGCAGGAGCCUGUGCUGUUCGCCACCACCAUCGCCGAGAACAUACGCUACGGGCGACCGGGUGUUUCCAUGGAGGACAUCAUCGCCGCUGCGAAGGAGGCCAACGCCUACAACUUCAUCAUGGACCUGCCACAGGUGGAGUUUCAGCUCCACGAGUGCAGACACACACACACAUUCACACCCAAAAGGCUUUAACACUCUUCAUGUAAUGUCUAAUCCUGACAGAAAUUCGACACUAUGGUUGGAGAAGGUGGAGGUCAAAUGAGCGGCGGUCAGAAGCAGCGUAUCGCCAUCGCUCGAGCCCUGGUCAGAAAUCCUCGUAUCCUGCUGCUGGACAUGGCGACCUCUGCCCUCGACAAUGAAAGCGAAGCUAUAGUACAAGAAGCUCUGGAUAAAGUGAGUCUGCCCGCUCCGAGCGCUGAAUUAGCGUCUCUUUUCAUCCCGGCUUUUCAACAUUUAUGGUUUAAUUGUGUUGCCUGGAGGCAAAGCGCUGGGAAAGAGAAUCCCCUGAAGCGCUCUUUAGCACGAGAAGGAAGUAUUUUGCAGCAAUUUCCUUUUUUCUUUCUCUUCUUUUUAUUUAAGGGACGACCUCUCGCUUACCUCAGGAAAGAACUCCGCUUUAAAGCCAAUGAGGGAGCGCAAAGUAUUAAAAAUAUGAAAUCAAACUUUAUCUACAAACAUGUUCUCCAAAAUAAAAACAUUAGGGAGGGGCCUGUUUUGAAUUUUGAUUGAACCUGAUUACCGGUCGCACCUUGUCAUCCCAUCGAUUAUUCCACAGAUAAAUUAGACAACAGCAGAAGUUACAGGCUGAAUCAUGAUGUUGGAUAGGUGUAUUGCUGAGAGAGUACGUGCCGAUACCUGAUGCAACAUCUUUUGAAGUUUUAAAGGCAUGGUUGACGAUCUGAGAAGCGGUUGAAAAAAACUGAGCCGUUGAGGCAGAUUUGAGAAAAGCGUCCCACCCCCCACACACAAACCUCCCCCCUGAACCUGUGUCACCCUCCCCAUGACACACCCCCUCUGGCAGAGCAAGAAGCCGACCGGCAGAAGAUCCUACGCUAGGUUUAAACAGAAUUCACCAUGUCAGAUUGAUAGUGACUAGCGGCAGUAAACGCCAGCUCUGCUCGCGAUAAGAGGCGAUAAAAAAUUACCCGUUCAACAAAAACUCUGAUGUCUCGGCGUCUGUUUUCAGGCCCAAAUCUUCUCCUCCGCUUGAGGGUUGGCCUGCUGUUUAUUGGAGUUAAAUUCCUCACUUGGUCAUCUCUUCGUCUCCGCCCUUUCUUCUGUUGGCUUGCGUUUUCUUCCCACUUUUGGCGGUGGGACAAGCAGACGUGUUUUUCGCCAUCACGGCUCCUGUAGCUAAGCUGCUAUGCUACUUUUAGCCGCUCAACGCUCUGAGGAGGGCCGGGAGAGUGGGAGGGGACGAGUCGGAACUACAGGAGAGGGGUGUGUCGAACACAGCGAGGGGAUUGGAUGGAGAGGCAGAGCAGGAGAUUGACCAAUAGGAGCUGUCCGGGACGAAUGGCUCCCAUUGGUCAAUGUUUUGGCAGCCCUGUACCUGCUGGGGUGAACGGAUUUUUUCCGUUCUUUUUUCUCUUCACUUUGUGGAGAUCGCACUCCAGGACCAUGAUCACAACCAAUUUCUCCAAUCGUCAACCAUGAACAGAUACCGAUACUAGCUUUGGGUAUCUGUUUUUAGGAUUUUUCAUUAAAUUGUUUCUCCGUCAGGUACGUCUUGGUCGCACCACCAUCUCCAUCGCUCACCGUCUGUCCACCAUAAAAAACGCAGACGUGAUCGUUGGCUUCGAGCACGGUCGAGCUGUCGAGCGAGGCAAACACAACGAGCUGCUGGAGAGGAAGGGCGUCUACUUCACUCUGGUCACGCUGCAGAGCCAAGGAGACAAGGCGCUGAACGAGAAGGCUCGCCAAAGUAGGCCCAAAACCUCAGAGAGAUAUCAACUCCAGGAUGUUCUGAUCUGCUCACUCUGUUUCUGUAUUUUUCCUUCAGUGGCGCAAAAGGAAGAAGAAUCGGAGAAGCAGAGUCUAUCCAGAGCGGGAAGCUACCGUGCCAGCCUGAGGUAUCACUCCAACAUCUCCUCUUUUGCUUUCUUGUAAAAGAUCCAUUCACUCGCUCCUGACUGCGCAUCUAAAUAGGAUUAUUACUGUCUUAAUGUCCCGUCUGGAAGCGAGCAGUGUCGCAGCAGAAACUGGUGCCUUCAUUUACUCAAUUACCCUUUCAACAUUUGGAGCGUUCAGCUGACACUUUCAUCGAGAACCACUUACAAACGCAUCAACAGAGGUCCUUGAUCAGCACCGUAACAAGCGCCCAAUAAUGAGACUGUUGUUUAGCUGUGAAAUCUCCUCCUGCUACUUCAAGUGUUAAAAUUCACUUAAUAACCAUCUACCGGACUCACAUUGUUCUUUUCAGAGCAUCAAUCCGACAGCGCUCCCGAUCUCAGCUGUCCAAUCUGAUCCCAGAAUCCUCUGCUUCCAUCGCCGGGGAGCUCGGCCCCAGAGCCUACUCCAUGUCACAAGAGGAUAAAUCGAAGGUAUGUUCGCUUAAAGGGGACCUGCCACCAAAAUUUCAUAUCCAUUUUUAUCAUUUUUUCAUAAUCCUUGAUGUCCUCUGAUCAUGUUUGCAACAUAAUUUUAGCUGAAAAGUUAUUUGAUGGUUUGUUUUAGUAUGCCUAAAAAACCUUACAGGAAAACCAACUGGUUUUGGCUCAUUAACAUUUAUGGUAAUGAGCUUUGCUCUGAUUGGAUCGCUGCUGUGAAGCCUGCUGUGCUCUGAUUGGCUCAGCAGUGGAGGUUCGGAUUUCGGUUUAUCCACUGUUAUUAUGCUAAUGCUAAUAGCAUAUGCUAAUGUGUGCUAAAGUAAGGUGCCCAGAUGUCUGUAAUGAUAUCCGGGGAUAUUCGGUGCGGUGGCGGCGGUUGCAGGGGCUGUGUGAUCACAGACAAAGUCUCGGUACUAUUUAGUAGCAGCGCAUGCCCCUUGUAAUAACCCCCGUAAGAACUGUUGUUCAGGACUGCUAACUAAAUUCGGCUACUGUAAUAACCGUUAUUCGAGCCCACACGCAACAUUUUUGCUCUCAUUAAUGAAACGCUUAAAUCGGGGACAUUUUCGGGGACAGCUUUUGCCGGGGACAGAUCAUCCAAUACGGGGACUGUCCCCGGAAAUCGGGGACGUCUGGUCACCUUAUGCUAAAGGCUAAAAACGGCAGGUAUUAAACCAUAUAUUUUAGACCCCGAGUCCGAAGAGGAGGUGGAAGUUGAGGAAGAAGCCGGAGAUCUCCAGCGGUGUUUUCUCAUUCAUUCUGCCCGGCUUUAAGUUCAUUUUCCCGGCAGUGAACCGAAGGAAACACCGAUCGUUUGGAAGAGACCCAUAGCGGAUACAGCGGUAGCUGGGUCUCGCUCUGGCUGUGACUGAGUACGAGAACGAGAGAGUGGGCACGGCUCACCGAGGACGCGCUCGUGAAUAAUAAUGAGCAAGGUCGGCGCAACGUAACACCGACCUGCUUUUUCAAUUGGCCUGGUUUACUCGUUCCUUUAUUUUAAACCUUUACAGAAUGCAAACGACGUAACGGUUUGUUUUCACAUGUACAACAUAAGACGAACAUAAUAUGGAACUUAUAUGACACAAAAAACCCCAAAAAUUACAUUUUUAUGGCAGGUCCCCUUUAAAUGCUUCAGCAUGCGUGGGUAAAAGCUCCAAUUUAACGCUGCUAAUGUGUAUUUAAGAACGCCAUCCCAGAGGAAGAAGAGGAAGAACUCAUAGAGCCCGCCCCGGUUACAAGGAUCCUAAAGUACAACAUACCUGAGUGGCCCUACAUGCUUUUUGGAUCCUUUGGGGCGGCGAUUAACGGAGGGGUCAACCCCGUCUACUCCCUGCUCUUCAGUCAGAUCUUGGCGGUAAGUUUUAUGUCAUUUGCAAAUGUGCGUACGCCAAUGUCAUUAUGAUCACGCCUAUGUCCUCUGUGUGUUGUUAGACUUUCGCACUGACGGAUACCGUGGCUCAGAGGAGGGAGAUUGAUAACGUCUGCCUGUUUUUCGUGGUCGUUGGCGUGGUCUCUUUCUUCACUCAGAUGCUGCAGGUAGAGUCUGAGACUGAUUGCUUUAGUGCCUCUGCCUUUACCCCCUGCUGCUGUUCAAGGUUAGCACAAAGUCACAACAAACCCCGCUUCUGUUUUGGAAAAUGUAUACCUUCCUCAGACGCCCCGCAGAGCUGCUAUAACACACACCGACUUUUGAUUUUACCCCCCUGAUGAAAAACACAAUUUUCUCAUAUUACCAAACAUUUCAUUAUGUUUAAGAUCGCUGCGGUGGGAGUUUAGAUUCAAUAAAAAAAGAUACGCUCCGUGUGCUCGCCUCUCCAGGGUUAUGCUUUCUCCAAGUCUGGGGAGCUGCUGACCCGCAGGUUACGGCGGCUCGGCUUCCACGCCAUGCUGGGCCAGGAGAUCGGCUGGUUUGAUGAUCACAGGAACAGCCCAGGGGCUCUGACCACCCGUUUGGCGACCGACGCAUCACAAGUUCAAGGGGUGAGUUUCAAAACAACAAUUUAAUCACUAUUUACAACAUUUUAAGUCCUAACUCCUCUGUUUUAACUCCUGCCGAAAAGGCUACAGGCUCACAGAUCGGCAUGAUCGUCAACUCUCUGACCAACAUCGGCGUGGCCGUCAUCAUGUCCUUCUACUUCAGCUGGAAGCUCACGCUGCUCAUCCUCUGCUUCCUGCCUUUCAUCGCUCUGUCGGGAGGCUUCCAGGCUAAGAUGCUGACCGGGUUCGCGAAGGAGGACAAGCUCGCCAUGGAGGCCGCUGGACAGGUCAGAUAAUAACUCAGACUCGUUUUCGUUCACUGACACUCUGGGAACUUAAAAAAUCUCAGUAACCUCACGAAAAUUUGAGAUCAGAUUCGUCUUCAAACAGGCAGCCUUAAAACAGUCUAUUCUAGUCUCGAGGUUUCGGCUCCUCAGCCCUGCAGCUGAACUCAUCUCUCUGUACAGUAGCGUUUUAUCAGCUGUACCCGUACUUUGGCGCGUUAGGAACGGCGCUAACAAGGUCAGGUUCGAUUCUAUCUGGGGCCUCCCGUGCUUCAAAUGCAGUUAUAGUACUGAAGCACACGGCGGAUAUGAACCUCCAGGUUUGGUAGGAAAGUUAAAAAUCAAAGAAAAAGUAUUUAAAAGUCAAUUUAGUGUGAACUGCCUUUACACUAUCUUAAUUAUCCCGAUGCAGUAAACCCCACCCAUCCAAAUAAAGUGGAUUAGAUGAAAGUUUAAUGAUCCCUGUGGGGGGGAUUGGCUCAGUGCAGCUGCAUAAAACAGGAUAUAGAUAAGAACAGAGCAAAUGCUUUAUCUUUAUCUUAUUCUCCUCCACAUUUUAGGAAAACCGCUCGUCUUUGUUUUUUUUUAACUGUUUGAAUUUUAAUUUUAUUUGCAGAUAUCCGGCGAAGCGUUAAACAACAUCCGCACCAUCGCAGGUCUGGGGAAAGAGAGGAAUUUCGUGGAGAUGUUUCAUGCCCAGCUAGAGGCGCCGUACAAAGCGGCCCUGAAGAAGGCGAAUGUUUACGGAGCCUGUUACGGUUUCGCUCAGUGUGUCGUCUUCUUGACUAACUCCGCCUCCUACAGGUUUGGAGGGUACCUGGUGCGACAGGAGAGACUCCAUUUCAGCUUGGUUUUCAGGUAAGAGACAUCAAGCUCUUAUUAAAAACCAUUACCAGCUGUGUUCACCGCCCUGACCUCUCAGAAUAAAGACUAAACCCAGAAAUUUAAACCUUAAAGCUCCUAUGAGGAGUUUUUGACAUUCAUGAAAUCGACUGAAAUUCAAAUUGAUGCUUUUUUAUAAAACACAAAAGCAAAAAAGUUCAUCAGCGACAAGAUUGUUGACUUAAUAUUGUGACUUUUAACACCUGAAACUGGUGUAAGGGGGUAGGUGUCAUAUGAAAUAUUGUCAAUAAAAAAUUCCAAGUUCAUUAUAAAGUUUGGACAUACAUUUUAAAGCUACUGUGAGUACUUUUGCCUUUUUGUGUCAUGAAAAGGCCUUUGUAAAAAUUUCAGUCUAUUUCAUAAGGAUAAAAAAAUUUUUACACAGGAGCUUUAAUUUCAUUGUAUUUCAUGACUAUAAAAAUUCCCCACAGGAGCUUUAAUUUUGGUCAGUUUUAUGACUAUAUAAAAAUAACCAAUAGGAGUGUUAAUUUAAUUCUGUUUCAUAAUUUAGAUUAAAGCUCCUGUGAGAAUUAUUGCAUAACUAUAAAAAAAACUUAACAGGAGCUUUAAUUUUGGUUUGUUGAAUAGCUAUAUAAAAGAAGCUCACAGGGGUGUUUAUUUAAUUCUGUUACACAACUAAAAUUAAAGCUCCUGUGAGAUUUUUAUCACUUUUAUAUAAAAAACUCUUACGGAGCUUUAAUCUCAGUCUGUUUUAUAACUAUCAAAAUCCCUCACAGGAGCUUUAAUUUUGGUCAGUUUUACAACUUUAUUAAAAGAAGCUCACAGGAGUAUGAAUUCAAUUUUCUUUCACAACUAAAAUUAAAGCUCCUGUCAGAUUUUUUUUCACUACUGUAUAAAAACUUUUAAGGAGCCUUAAUCUUAGUCUGCUUUAUAAGUAAUUAAAAAUUCCUCACAGGAGCUUUAAUUUCACUCUGUUUCAUAACCUAUCAAAAGUUCCCUACUGGAGCUUUAAGUUUAAAGUGUGUUAUAGGCCUAUUUAUAUAAAAUUCCUUACAGGAGCUUUAAUUUUAUUGAUUUUCAAACUGGAUAAAAACUACUUACAGGAGCUUUAAAAUAAGAAAUAAAGUGUCACAGAAUCAUUACACUGGUAGACAAAGGAGAAAGGAUUGUGCUCUGUGGUAAUAGAGGUGUAAAAGGAUUGAUAGGUCAAGUUACAUCACAUGUUUUUCUUCCAGGGUGAUCUCAGCCAUCGUGACCAGCGGCACGGCCUUGGGCAGAGCCUCUUCUUACACGCCAGACUACGCCAAGGCCAAAAUCUCAGCCGCUCGCUUCUUCCAGCUGCUGGACCGUGUGCCUCAGAUCAGCGUCUACAGCGAUAAGGGAGAUAAAUGGGUAUGAGAACAUAUGCCCUGGUUAUGUGUUACCUGCUCUGCAGCCUGAGUAUUAAAAACGAGCUCUGCCUGCAUAUUUUAUUAGGAGAUGAUCCAGAUAAAAACUCCUUUAUUGCUUUGCUCAUUAAAUUUAGAUUAGACGUGACGGAGACAUGUAGACAAGAGGAGAAGACAAGAAGAGGUUGUUACUCAUUAAAUCUCAAACUGCACCUGCAAAAGGGGGAAUAAACAAAAAACAAAAGUUCACAGAGCUUAUGAAGGAGACAGAAAUCCCUCUGAAUUAUUUAAAAUUCUCUCUGACUAAUCAGCAUUAAAUAAAGCUGAACAGGAAGUGGCAUCACAACAGAAAACUCUAACCUCUGCUCCCUCCCUCUGCUGUGUUUGCAGAAUAACUUCCAAGGGAACAUCGACUUCAUCGACUGUAAGUUCACCUAUCCCACCAGGCCAGACAUCCAGGUUUUAAACGGGCUGACUGUGUCGGUGAAGCCCGGACAGACUCUGGCCUUCGUGGGAAGCAGCGGCUGUGGGAAGAGCACCAGUGUGCAGCUGCUGGAGAGGUUUUAUGAUCCUGACAAGGGCAGAGUGGUGAGGAGAGCACGCUGCUUAACCCUGCAUGUUUACACUGAAUGUGUAGAAUAAGUCGUUUCACGGUUAUUCAGACGAUUGUAAUCGUAAUAUUUUACAGCUUUACACCGAGGAAAUGUGACUUCAGGAGUUUUGAUGAUCAGUCUGAUUGGGGGGUGUUACUUUAACAACCGAGUUAGACUCCCCCUCGAGAGAUCAAUGUUGCCGACCGCUUGCUUCUUUACUUAUAACAACUUUAGUAAUGACCGUAGAUAGCGAUACAGAGAGCCACGUGUUCAACCAAAACACUACUCUAUAGCCACAAAUAAUGCUCAGAACAGCAGCUAACUUCAUCAACAGGACAUAAAGGGUCACAGACAUAGUACUAGCCACCAGACAUCUUUUUAACUUUGCCUGAUUUCCAAAAAGUUUUGAUAUAGUUAUUUUAAAUCUGCACCCUGUAACUCAUGUUUCUGGACUUCCUGUUGAGACGUCAUUGUGAUAAUAGGAGCAUUAAUGCAUGAUAGAUAUACAAAGCAUUUUAACGCAUGCAUGCAAUUAAGUUUCAUGCAAGGAAGUUGAAUCUAGUGAAGUUAGUUUGAAUUUUUGAAGAAGUGGGAGUUGCUAUUAGGCCAGAAUGUGGGACUAUGUGUGGUGAAGUUGUCGUGUUUUGGGUCGUGUUUGAGGUUCUUAUUUCAUAAAACCAAAAUACUUUAGUUUCGGUUAAAUACAGACCUCAUGCACGCUUCUGCAAGUAAACCUACAAAUAAGAUGGUUGUACAAACAGCUGAUAUAACAACACACCAGCAGAUGUUGACCUUUACCUAAAGGUCAGAUCUUUGAUCCAGUCUGCUGAGUGUGUAAGACUCUCUCAAGGCUGGCUUGUACUUUGAGUGUCAUUGCACAAAGUGAAAUCUGUAAUUCCUCAAAGUCAAAGACUAACUGCUGGACAUCCAGAGCACCAUGUGAUUGAAGUAUUUCCGACUCUCAUAUCACGUCAGUUCAUUGAUCAAUCAGACGUUUAUGCUGACUUUGUGCUUUAUCUUAAAGACGGGCCACUCUGUCCAGGAUGGACUUUUGUCUUGGUGCCAGAAAAAAUCCCUGCCAAGAUUCAAACGGCCUUAAUUGAGUUGGAAGUGGUUCGGAAGCGCGAUGCCCCGAUUCCUCUUCUGAGAUUUUAAAAGGACAGAAUCACCUCUGCGUAGUCGGGAGGAAAUUACAGCAGAGAUGGCGUUAUGAUAGCUCAUUAAGCGGAUUGUAUUUCCAGCCUUUUGAUUAUGAUAUUGCUUUCCACUAAUGGUAAAAUCAAUUGUUUCCCGCAGCUGAUUGAUGGCCACGACUCCACGCGAGUCAACGUGCCCUUCCUGCGCUCCAAGAUUGGCAUCGUGUCCCAGGAGCCCGUGCUGUUUGACUGCAGCAUCGCCGAGAACAUCAAGUACGGGGACAACAUGCGGGAAAUCAGCAUGGAUGAGGUCAUCUCGGCCGCCAAGAAGGCGCAGCUCCACGACUUUGUGAUGUCACUGCCAGAGGUAGAGCGGUUCACAAACCAGCAGCAGUCAGACGAUCAAACGAUCGAUUAAAGGCAGCAGACAGACACACACAUGAAGCACACACCGAUAACAAGGGAGACAAUGAGUGGCACACACACACACACACACUGGGUUUGACAGGUGUGUGUUCACAUGUGAAUGAGAAACAGGUGAGCGUCAAGCUGCUCAUGUGCGUUUCCCUCCACUAGGUGUCCUCAGUGAGUCGACAAUGACCCACUGAUUAGACAGAGGACUAAUCAGUUCGAGGAUGUGUUCAACAUCACAUUCAUCAGCUUUAAAUUACGACCAGACAAGAAUAAAAACUCAUUAAAUCAACUUUUUUUUUGGAAGAGAAAAAUAAACAAAUUAGAAAACAAAAAAAAGAAACACAGACACAGUUUAGAGAGAAAGCGUGCAGAGGUUGAGUGACAGAGGUAAACAUGUGAUUAACCAAGUACUGAGCAGAGAUUGUUCAUUAACUUGGUAAGAGCCAAAUGCAUGCAAACAACACCUACCAUGUAAUGAUAACAGCAUGUCUCUAAACCUUCACUUUAGCAGCUCACAUCAUUGACUUAAACCAGGUUAUCAUCUGUAAAAAUGUUUACGGUCGCUCAUCACUCAAACAAUUAUAGUUGUUCAAGACUCUUUAUAGGAGUUAACAUCUCUUAUAGCCAAUAGGUGGCGCAAUCGCUGUUACAAAACUACACUUUUAGUCUUGCUUUUAAAUUUUAUAUUUUUAUCUUUAAAUUUUUAUCUAUUUUGCUGCUCUUAUUUUAGUAUCUUUUACUGUUGUUUUUAUCUUUAUUUUAUUUAUCAUUUCUUAAAUUUCAUUCUAUGUUUCUUUGUUUUUACAUUUUAACCUAAACCUCCAGUGUUUCCUAAUCUUGCCCUUCUUAAGUUUAUGCAUUUUAAUACAGUUUCUGUUGCGUAAAACACUUUGUGCUAUAUAAAUGAAGACUGAUUGAUACAUAGGUGGGUGAGCUGAGGCCAGAACCAUCACAAAAAAACUGUUUAUAAUUUUAACUUUUUGAUAAAUCAAUGAAACACUGAGCAACUUUGGACUCCUGAGAGUAGUAUGUUGAAACAGUCGACAUGCAAUUGAACAAAAAUACCCAUCUUUGGAGGACUAGGUCUUAAUUUUGGACCUAUGUACCAGGAAUUGCAGAAAAAACUAGCAAACUGUUGCGUUCACCAGCUCAGGUGAUGUUGCAUGGAUUGCAGGACAGGAUUAAUACCUUAAAUCCCAUGAAUUUAUGACUCUUAUUGGGACCAACUUACUUUCAUUCUUGUGAAUCUGGCAGCAGAAAGCAUCAUAUCCUGGCCUGCAUUAUUGUACAUUUACAACUUUAUUCUUUAAACCGUUCAAAGAAAAAGCGAGUGAAAGAAAAGGGAGUACAAAUAAAUUUCUUAAGAUGAGCCAACUGGCAGGUUAGAUCCACUGAUUUGCUAAUAAAAUCACAAUUUAGACACAAAAGUAAUAGAAUAACACUCAUCUCAAAAUCAUAAUGGAUGUUUCUUUGGUGUUUUUUUAACUUUAUAAACUGAAACUAAAUCACAAAGUGAAUCACAGCCUGUCAGCCCCUCUGUGGAUGUUUUUUUUACUGUACUUUCUGUACUUCUCUGACAUCCUGAUGUCUCUGCGAGAAGCUCUUAUCAGGAAGUAAGUCGAUCCGGCUGACCCGUUGUUUACUUCUAACAGGUCUUGGGACCCGUCUGGACCGUCUCCAGCUUAUCUCCAACCAAAAUUGUAGCCGUUGUUAAAGUUUUCCAGCUCAACUUUGCCUGAUAUGAACUUAGUUUGACCUCGGGCUGUUUUUUUUAGAUACAGUUUGAAGUGAAAAUGAAAGGUGAGAAAGUUUGGGCACAACUGAUGAAAGCUAACGUAAAUAAAGAGUUUAGAGGAGGAGGGUGAAACUGAGAGAGACAGAGACAAAUGUGUCUGCGCGAUGUUUCGCUUCUGUUGCUUAUUGCUUUCACACAAAACACCCGAACGCCCCAUUCUACAAUUUCCUCGGAUGUUUCUUUACAGAGAGUUUGAGAAAAGUUUUAAAUCUGCUCUAAAAGUUCGCUCUCGUGUUCUUAAAUCAGUCAAAGCCGCGUCCUCUUAGGUUGCUCCAGUUCUUCCUAAUUGGUCUACUUUAGGUUACAGUCGCCUCAGGGGUUAGAGUUAGUCCUCUAAAGUCUUCAGUCCUGCUCACUUUUGAUCUUUUUUCUCCUUCCUGCUCCAGAAAUACGACACCAACGUCGGGGCGCAAGGCUCUCAGCUGUCCCGUGGUCAGAAGCAGCGUAUCGCCAUCGCCCGCGCCAUCAUACGUGACCCUAAAAUCCUCCUCCUGGACGAGGCCACUUCCGCCCUGGACACGGAGAGCGAGAAGGUAGGCCCUAUUAAAAUCCGAUCAGCGUCUUUAUCAAACUGCCCCACCUCAACCCUCGCCCUCGUCAUCGCCGCCAUCAACGGCGCCGCAGCUGCUUGAUAUUCCGCGGGCACGGAAAGCAGGCAGAGCAGGCAGUUAAUUAUUAUUAUCAUUAACAUCAUUAUCAUUCAUCAUGUCUAUUAUUAUCAGCAGAGCUCACAGUUCAUAGAAGCGCUCCAGUAGAGCCUCUUUAAGCCGAGUCUGGCGUGGAGCUCAGAUGUGUGAACCACGCUGAGGAGCAGAGAGGCCUCCGCUGCGCUCAUCCAGCGAAGCGUUCUAAUGAUAGUAAUCAACCCGUGAUUGUCAAAUUGCUAUAAUUGUGAGACUUGUGUGGAAGAACUGAUGAAGCCUCCCGUCUAUCUGCGUUUGAGUGUGUGCGUGGCUGUCAACGCCGCUUCAUGUGUGUUUCUUUUUAUCACAACAGACGGUGCAAGAAGCCCUGGACAAAGCCAGAGAGGGCCGGACCUGCAUCGUCAUCGCCCACCGCCUAUCCACCAUCCAGAACUCGGAUAUCAUCGCCGUAAUGUCGCGGGGACAUCUGAUGGAGAAGGGGACGCACGACCAGCUCAUGGCCCUGAAGGGAGCGUACUACAAGCUGGUCACCACAGGAGCGCCAAUCAGCUAA